GAGUUAGCCAUUCAAUUUCCUUAAAAGGAACAACUAUUUGGGUAUUAUUGUCUUUUUAUCAUUUAUCAUUGAGCGACACGUCAAAAUGCCAGAAAGCAACGGAGAAAACAAUGCUGAAAAAAGCAAGAAGCAAAUAGCAAUCAUCGGUGCUGGAAUAAGUGGUCUUCUUGCAUGCAAACACGUACAUGAACUUGGAUAUAAUCCUAGAGUCUUUGAAUCCUCGAAUGAUAUUGGUGGAGUAUGGUCCAACACUAUUGAGUCCACUAAACUUCAAACUCCCAAAGAUUUUUACCAGUUCUCAGAUUUUGCAUGGCCAAAGUCAGUCACAGAGACCUUCCCUCGUCACGAUCAAGUCAAGGACUACAUUAACUCGUAUGCUCUUCACUUCAACAUCCUUCCACAUAUUCAGUUUAACUCCAAGGUAGUUAGCAUUGAUUACUGUUGUCAGGAUGAUGGUGAGGAAAUGUAUGCCGGUUGUGAUGAUGAUCUUUGGGGCGGCACAGGCCAGGCAUUCUCUCCUAAACGCAAAUGGGUUGUCAGAGUACUUGAUAUCCUCUAUCCCCUGGACCCACAUAAGGUUUAUGAAGUUGAUUUCGUUAUCUUAUGCGUUGGAAAGUUCAGUGGCCCACCAAAUAUCCCCCACUUUCCAGUGAAUAAAGGGCCGGAGGUGUUUGAUGGCAAGGUUAUACACUCCAUGGACUAUGCUGAAAUUGGAAGCGUCCGUGCAACUGCAAUGGUAAAAAAUAAGCAUGUCACUGUUAUUGGAUUCCAAAAAUCAGCAAUAGAUCUUGCAGCAGAAGUUGCCAGACUAAAUGGAGUGGAACAUCCAUGCACUAUGCUAUUUAGGACCGUACAUUGGACAGUAUCCGAAGGCUUUUUGAAAACCUCUUUUCGGAAUUUGAAUAGAUUCUCAGAAUUAAUGAUCCACAAGCCCCGUGAAGGAUUUUUCCUGUGGUUGUUGGCAAUAUUACUUUCACCUUUGCUCUGGAUAUUUUCAAAGUUUGUGGAAAGUUAUCUCAAAUGGAUAUACCCAUUGAAGAAGUACAAUAUGGUUCCAGAACACGGCUUUCUUAGACAGAUAUCUUCUUGCAUGUUCACAGUCUUGCCAGCUGAUUUCUACAAGAGGGUUGAAGAAGGGAGCCUCAUCUUAAAGAAGAUGAAAGGUUAUUGCUUCUGUAAAACUGGACUCAUCAUCGAUGGGGAGGAAUAUCGUCCACUGGAAACAGAUGUUGUCAUCUUUGCAACUGGAUACAGAAGCGAUGAUAAGCUUUGUGAUAUUUUCACCUCAACCUAUUUUCAGAAAGGCAUUGUUGGCUCUUCAGCUCCCUUUUACCGCGAGUGCAUACACCCGCAUAUUCCACAGCUUGCGAUACUUGGAUAUUCUGAGAGCCCUUCAAUACUAUACACCACUGAGAUGCAGAGCAGAUGGCUAGCUCAUUUCAUUGCAGGAAAAUUUCAGCUACCAACAAUAAUGGAAAUGGAAGAAGAUGUCCUGAGAUGGGAGAAGUGUAUGCAACGUUAUGCUUGUGAAUACUACAAAAGAUCCUGUGUGAGUGUGUUGCUACAAAUAUACUGCAAUGAUCUGCUAUGCAGGGACAUGAAGUUGAAUCCCAGAAGAAAGAAAAAACUGUUGAGUGAACUCUUUGCCCCUUAUAAGCCUUCUGAUUACCAAACAUCUAUUUAGUUUCAGCACAACAAUGUUCUGUCAACUGAUCUUUACUGUACCAACUGCCUAACGUAACAAAGAAAAUAAGAAGGGCCAAAGUAGAACAUGAGGCAAUUUUCUUGAACUGUUAGUUUCAUAAUCUUCUUUGUUCCCUAGAACAUUAGGUUUUCUUUUUUCAAUGAAUGGAAAUGUAGUUUCUUACUUGGACCUGCUCAUGUUAUAAGGCUAAAACCUAAUAUGGUUACAAAGUGUGGCUUGGAGUGUUCUCUGAUUUACUAUUAUCCAUGUAAUCGAAUGGUCUAUUGGCAUCUAAGUAGGAGUAUUUUCCUUUUUUCGCAAUUAUUAGUUGGAUUUUUCUUUAUUAUUAUGUUUCUGCUGUCAAAGGAAAAUAUGAUAGUUCAAUGCCAGUUCCAAGUAAAUAUAAUAGUUCAAUUAUUAGUUAACACAGUAUCAGAUGCAGAAUGGACCUUGUCAGAUGGAUGGUCUUCAAGUUUCAAUGAGGCAAAGAGCUCUCUGAGGCAACUUCACAAGUCUUGGAUCUCUGCUUCUAUGAUCUGAUGUUGGUUAUGAAACGAGCAGUUGGGAAAAGAAAUUGCGGACAAGGAAGAUAACAUGCUCACAAAAGCAGAGUCCAAGAGUUUAGAAGUUGCCUUAGAGAGCUCAUCGACAAUAGUGCACUCACAACGUUGUCGAAAUGAAGGAAGCUAAAAUAUAAAGAUGCUGAGGUUUUGUUUGGGAAAAAGACGGUAAUUGUCAUUCGUUAUUAGUUCAGAGUUGAAUGUUUUAGGAGUAUCAUUAUUGAAUCCCAAAGGUCCUCUACCAAAUUCAUGGUGACGCACCUUUUAAAUUUUAAGGGCAUGAAUGAAUAUCCAACUGCUUCUUGUUACUAUUUCUUUGUUUUCCCUAUUAACUCUUUCCACUGCCAUUAUGAUUUGUUUUGAGAUUGUUUUUCAUUUCUCUAUUUGUUGCAUUGAGAACUUUCCGAGUUCAAAACAAAGCAACUGCAUUCAUGAUCCUUUUCUUUAUUUUGAGUCUCCAUGAAGCAAGGGGAUGUGAAUUCUAUAUAAGGUUGAAUGUUCAAUAUAGUGAGUGGAGCAGUGGAAUUCUGUGGUCUAAUGUAUUAAUGGAAAUUGUGAAGCACUAGCAGAAGCUGAAGAAGUCACUGAUAGGAGCAGUGGCUAUAGUCCAACAGGUGCAUAAAUUCUUUUGGGCUGAGAUUUGUGAUUCAUGCUGGACUAGUUAGCCCAAAUCAAACAGGUAACAACAGCAAAUUAUCCUUCAUUUGUGAGAUUUAUCAGGUGCUAUUCUUGUGCAAUUCUAAUGCUGUUUUUCCUAAUGUUUUGGUGCAAUGCUGGUGCAGAAUCUGGUGCAAGUAUGCUGCAACUGGUUCUCUUUUUUGCUGGUGAACAUGAAAAUCUUUCUCAAGAUUCUAAAGACUUGGCUCUUUGUAAAUGGAAAAAGUUGUCAUGAAAUGUAUUUCGUCCGAUCUUGCCUUAGUGCUAUUUAUAUCUUAAUGAAGAAAUUUAUAUUUCAUCUUAAGAUUAUUGCUAAAUGUGUAAUAUCUCAUUCUCAGAUGUAUAAUACAUCUGCACAAGCAACAUGUACAAUAAUUUUCCAUCGCCAUAAAAAGAACAA